ACCAUCAGAAAUCUAACAAAGGUUUUCGUGGAACUUCGAUCAUUUUGAAUCUCAACAAAAUAACAAACAGGAUAAUCCUGAGCAAAUAUUUAAAGCUGCUUCUGUUCCAGUGCGAUUGCAAAGAAUUCAGUGCAUGUCACAGUUUCUGCCUGGUCAGAGAUUCACACUUCAUCAGGCUGUCCAGUACUGUGGGUACACUUCUUUUGUGACAAAGUUUGGCCGAUUCACUGGGAGGAACCUAAACAUGCCCAACUAUAAUCCUUGGAAGUUCCAGUACGAUCUUUACACAAAUGAAACUUGUCAUUACAGCGGUUACCAUCCUGGAUCCAAAAACCCUCAACUCCUGGCACCAGAAACCUGGGUUAUAGUGAGGUGUAUCUUCCAAGUGGCUGGAAUUAAUCACGAGGAAACGACAGAAAUGUUCUGGACUUGCUGCAGAUAACCAAAAGGAGAGAAAAAAUAGCGCACAUGUCUUCAAAGAUUUUUUUUGUAUCACUUAAUAGUAAUAAA